GAAUGUGUUGUGCAUCGUAGUAGAUCUAUCUCUAGUUGAUGAUUUCUGCUGCUAUCAGAGAGUUAUCUGAAGACAUUCCUGGGUUCCUGCAUCAAACACAACUACAAACAUUUCUACACAGGAGGUGGGAAUCAUUUCUACACAGGAGGGUGACAUGGACGAGGGCAGUGUGAGGAAGAGGAAGGACAUGUUUAAUGGAGGCCCCGACCCAACCUCCAAUAUGUCUGCCUCCCACUCCAAGCCUGCUGAGGAGGACGUGAAGGCUACCGUGCUACAGAAGGAUGUGGGCCUUUUGAGUGGGAUCUGUCUUAUCGUAGGAACCAUGAUCGGCUCCGGCAUCUUCAUCUCCCCUAAGGCAGUGCUGCUGGAAACGGGAGCCGUAGGACCCUGUCUGUGUGUCUGGGCCGCCUGCGGGGUGCUGGCUACACUGGGGGCGCUGUGCUAUGCGGAGCUGGGCACCAUGAUCACUAAGUCUGGAGGGGAAUACCCGUACCUGAUGGAGGCCUUUGGGUCAGUGAUGGCCUACCUCUACUCAUGGAGCACAAUCAUGGUCUUAAAGCCCUCCUCCUUCGCCAUCAUCGCCCUAAGCUUCGCAGAGUACGCCUCCACGCCGUUCUACCCAGGAUGCACUCCUCCCAUUGUGGUCACCAAGUGCCUGGCUGCAGCGUGCAUAUUUCUGAUAGUGUUGGUGAACUGUCUCAGUGUGAAGCUAGCCAGCUAUGUCCAGAACUUCUUCACUGCAGCCAAGCUUCUCAUCAUCCUGGUCAUCAUAGUGUCGGGCAUCGUCCUCUUGGCACAAGGAAACACUGAGAAUCUGUCCAACCCAUUUGAAGGAGCCUCAACCUCCUUUGGAUCCAUUGGACUGGCGUUUUACAACGGGCUCUGGGCCUACGAUGGGUGGAAUCAGCUGAACUUUAUAACAGAGGAGCUGGAAAACCCAUACAGAAACCUUCCCCUGGCCAUUAUCAUUGGUAUUCCCUUGGUGUCUGUGUGCUAUGUGCUGGUCAACAUUGCAUACUUCAGUGCCAUGACCCCUACGGAACUACUGCAGUCUCCCGCUGUCGCUGUGACUUUUGGUGACAGAGUGCUGUACCCCCUGUCGUGGGUAGUCCCUGUGUUUGUCGUCUUCUCCACCUUCGGGGCGGCCAAUGGGAGCUGUUUCACUGCCGGCAGGCUGACCUAUGUGGCAGGAAGAGAGGGUCACAUGGUAAAGAUCUUGUCCUAUAUCAGUCUGAAGCGUCUCACUCCUUCGCCCGCUGUCAUCUUCAAUGGUAUUCUGGCCGUAUUCUACAUUAUCCCAGCAGACAUCAACACCCUAAUCAACUACUUCAGUUUCGCCCAGUGGGCUUUCUACGGCCUCACAGCUCUCGCUCUCAUCGUCAUGCGCUUCACCAGGAAGGAUCUCGAGAGACCCGUCAAGUGUCCCAUGCCCAUAGCAGUGCUGGUGGUGAUAGUGUCCUGCUACCUGGUCCUAGCACCUAUCAUAGACAAGCCAGAGCUGGAGUAUCUCUACUGUACCAUCUUCAUCCUCAGCGGUCUGCUGCUCUACUUCCCCUUCGUACACCGCAAGUUCAGCUGGACACGCAGGGUCAUGAGGCCAAUCACCAUGUACCUCCAGCUGCUGAUGGAGGUCGUUCCUCCUGAGAACAACGAAUAGAGGAAGAUAAUAAACAGCCUGAACUGACUAAUGUGGACAAAUGUCUUUUAGUGCAUCCCAAAUGGUACCCUAUUCCCUAUGUGGUGCACUACCCUAUAGGCCCUAGUCAAAAGUAGUGCACUACAUAGGGAAUAGGGUGCCGUUUGAGACGCAGCAUUAGAAAACACUGACUGUCUCAUAAUGAAGGUACUGUCUCAUAAUGAAGGUACUGUCUCAUAAUGAAGAUAAUGUACUGUCUCAUAAUGAAGGUACUGUCUCAUAAUGAAGGUACUGUACUGUCUCAUAAUGAAGGUACUGUCUCAUAAUGAAGGUACUGUCUCAUAAUGAAGGUACUGUACUGUCUCAUAAUGAAGGUACUGUCUCAUAAUGAAGGUACUGUCUCAUAAUGAAGGUACUGUCUCAUAAUGAAGGUACUGUCUCAUAAUGAAGGUACUGUCUCAUAAUGAAGGUACUGUCUCAUAAUGAAGGUACUGUCUCAUAAUGAAGGUACUGUACUGUCUCAUAAUGAAGGUACUGUCUCAUAAUGAAGGUACUGUCUCAUAAUGAAGGUACUGUCUCAUAAUGAAGGUACUGUCGCAUAAUUAAGGUACUGUACUGUCUCAUAAUGAAGGUACUGUACUGUCUCAUAAUGAAGGUACUGUCUCAUAAUGAAGUUACUGUCGCAUAAUGAAGGUACUGUACUGUCUCAUAAUUAAGGUACUGUGCUGUCUCAUAAUGAAGGUACUGUAAUGUCUCAUAAUGAAGGUAAUGUCUCAUAAUGAAGGUACUGUACUGUCUCAUAAUGAAGGUUAUGUACUGUCUCAUAAUGAAGGUACUGUCUCAUGAAGGUACUAUCGCCAAUGGAGAUGGUUUAUAUAAUGCCCCUCUGUGUUUAAACUCUGCUUAGAAGGACAUAUUUGCUUUUAGGACACUGCCAGUAUAUAUUGAAGACACAAAGGCUCUGCCUGUCAAGUUGGCAGCAGCCGAUAAUGAAGGUACUGUAUCAUAAUGAGACAGAGGCUCUGCUUGGCAGGUUGGCAGCAGCCGAUAAUGAAGGUACUGUAUCAUAAUGAGACAGAGGCUCUGGUUGGCAGCAGCCGUCUACAUGAUCUGGUUCCCAAACUAAUUGACUGGAUACAGGAGGUCAAUGCCUGCGUCUAAAAUCCCUAUGACCCUAGAGAACGGGGAGCCAUUUGAGACGCUGACAAUAUGCUGCUCUUGUACAUGACUAGAGAGAAAAUAAGAGACCAACAUUAUGUCAUUAUCUUUUGCUUUUUAUUUGUCCUCGACAUUGUUUAAAAUCCCUCAUGUUUGCGCUGUUCAAGCACUUCUAUAUUAUCUAUAUCUAUGGUUUCUAUAUUAUCUAUAUCUAUGGUUUCUAUAUUAUCUAUAUCUAUGGUUUCUAUAUUAUCUAUAUCUAUGGUUUCUAUAGUAUCUAUAUCUAUGGUUUUAAUAGUUAUUUGACAAGUUAAAAGACAUAUUUGUCCCUUGUUGUCUUCUAUCUCGUCCACCAGCGGCCAGUUGAACCUGGGGACACGGUUCAUCUUAUACUGCCUACUGUGUGAUGUCAUCGUGUCACUCUAAACUGAAUGUAGAAUUUAUACUACUGAAUUCAACGUUUCAAAACCUCUUCUCUUCUUGGACUUGAAAAGUAGACAGUGAGUUGUUGUGUUUGUGAAUAAAACAGUUUACCCUUCAA